ACGAAAAUAAAUGAUUCAUGUUUACUCAUUACUGAUUACUGAUUAUUCCUAUAAUAAAAGAAGAACUCCAAAAAAUAGUUCAGAUAUCAGCUGCAAAAUGCUUAAAACAGGUGUUGUGGUACUUCUGUGCUCAGUUAUUUCCUUGACUGGGGCCUUGCAGUGUUACGAAUGCUCCGCAUUAAAAAACAUCGACUGCUACAGCCCCAUCAACAAGACAUCAAUUCCAAUCACAAAUUGUACUGGGAUAGGCUACCAGGAAAACACAACGUAUGAAUGUGUUGCCUAUAAGGAGCAUCAUAAUGAGACGGGCCAAGCUUUCGUCGGCCGUCAAUGUAUUAUGAGAAGUCAAUAUGACUAUUGUACUGCCUAUAAAGAAAACCGUGAAUUAUAUGGAUUCAUCGUAGAUGACUGUUUUACUUGCAAGGAAGAUUUAUGCAAUUCUGGAACAAAUGUACAAAUGAUGUUUGGCUUUUUUAGCUUUAUAUUUUUGCUUUAUGUAAUUCAAUAAAUAAUCUGGUUUGAAUUUUGAUUGAUUAAUUAAUCAAAAAUGACACGUGAAACAUGAUCCCUCAACUACUUUUUUUGGUUUUGGUUAUAUUUCGCAUUUCAGUAAAUUCGGUGCGCACUUGUUACUUCUGUGCGGACUUUUUCGAAAAUUGCGAUGCAAACGACAGAUCGGACACUCCGAAAAAAAUGAAUUGUGACACAUUUAAGGUAAACCGCGAGCAAUCAAUGCUCGAAUACUUCCGAGAGCCCAAUUUUCUCACCAAUUACGACAUUUACCACCUGUUCGGUCCAGCCCUUUCCGAGCGGAACGUCAAAAAACUUUGCAUUAAAGUGGUUUACGGCUACAAGGACCAUAAUGGGAUUUACGACGAUGGGAAGAAUUUCGUAUCAUAUCAGGAACUGAGAAAUUUGACGUUCCAGUCGUGUAUGUUCGAAAGGUUUGCGUACUAUAAAAAUGCCUGUGACUACUUUCAACAACGGAUGGGCAGGAAAAUUAAAAAUGUAUCGCUUUUCGACUUUUACCACUGCCAAACUUGCAGAAGGCACGAAUGCAACGGCCAGAGUAGAACGGGAUUUAGCUGGGAUCUUGGUUUAGUGUGUCUCAUUUUUGUGUACUUAGUAGCGAGGGACUAAUAAAUUUUUAACGAUGA